AUGGAGACGAUUCCCCUGCUGCGCGGGGAGGCGGGAGGCGCGCUGGCGCCGACGGAGACGAUUCCCCUACUGCGCGGGGAGGCGGGAGGCGCGUUGGCGCCGACGGAGACGAUUCCCCUGCUGCGCGGGGAAGCGAGAGGCGCGUUGGCGCCGACGGAGACGAUUCCCCUGCUGCGCGGGGAGGCGGGAGGCGCGCUGGCGCCGACGGAGACGAUUCCCCUGCUGCGCGGGGAGGCGGGAGGCGCGUUGGCGCCGACCGAGACGAUUCCCCUGCUGCGCGGGGAGGCAGGAGGCGCGCUGGCGCCGACGGAGACGAUUCCCCUGCUGCGCGGGGAGGCGGGAGGCGCGCUGGCGCCGACGGAGAUGAUUCCCCUGCUGCGCGGGGAGGCGGGAGGCGCGUUGGCGCCGACGGAGACGAUUCCCCUGCUGCGCGGGGAGGCGGGAGGCGCAUUGGCGCCGACGGAGACGAUUCCCCUGCUGCGCGGGGAGGCGGGAGGCGCGUUGGCGCCGACGGGGAUGAUUUCCCUACUGCGCGGGGAGGCGGGAAUGGAGAAAGAAUGGGAGAGGCCCGAUGGGCCCGGAGGCCUGGGCGUCACGACGAAGGAUCUGCGGGAGCAAGAGCGGCUAGGGAAGGAUUAG